AUGACCGACGCAAAAUAUUUUACAACAACAAAGAAAGGUGAAAUAUUUGAAUUGAAGAAUGAACUAAAUUCCGACAAAAAAGAGAAGAAACGGGAAGCCGUCAAAAAAGUUAUUGCAAGUAUGACUGUUGGGAAAGAUGUUAGCGCUCUUUUCCCUGAUGUUGUUAAUUGUAUGCAGACAGAUAAUGUAGAAUUAAAGAAAUUAGUUUACCUUUAUUUAAUGAAUUAUGCAAAAAGUCAACCAGAAUUGGCUAUUAUGGCUGUAAAUACUUUUGUUAAGGAUUGUGAAGAUCCUAAUCCAUUAAUUAGAGCAUUAGCUGUUCGAACUAUGGGAUGUAUUCGAGUUGACAAAAUUACUGAAUAUUUGUGUGAACCACUCAGAAAAUGUAUGAAAGAUGAAGACCCUUAUGUGAGAAAAACUGCAGCAAUAUGUGUUGCUAAAUUACAUGAUAUUAACGCACAAAUGGUUGUUGAUCAAGGUUUUGUUGAAAUGCUGACUGAUUUGUUGAGUGAUGCUAAUCCAAUGGUUGUUGCAAAUGCUGUUGCUGCUAUAACAGAAAUAAAUGAGUCUCAUACUCUUAUUGAGAUAAAUGCUCAAACUGUUAAUAAAUUACUAACUGCUUUGAACGAAUGUACCGAAUGGGGUCAAGUAUUUAUUUUGGAUGCACUUGCAAAUUAUCAGCCAAAAGAUGAACGGGAAGCACAAAAUAUUUGUGAAAGAAUAAGUCCAAGACUUGCUCAUGCGAAUGCAGCUGUUGUACUUUCUACUGUCAAAGUUUUGAUGAAAUUGUUGAAUAUGCUCUCCGAAAAUUCUGAUUUUUCUACUCAAUUGAUUAAAAAAUUAGCACCUCCAAUGGUUACUUUAUUGUCUGCUGAGCCAGAAAUUCAAUAUGUUGCACUUAGAAAUAUUAAUUUAAUUGUUCAAAAAAGACCAGACAUUUUAAAACAAGAAAUGAAAGUUUUUUUCGUUAAAUACAAUGAUCCAAUUUAUGUAAAAAUGGAGAAAUUAGAUAUAAUGAUUCGUUUAUCCCAGCAAAGUAAUAUUGCACAAGUACUUUCUGAAUUAAAAGAAUAUGCAGCUGAAGUAGAUGUUGAUUUUGUUCGAAAAGCUGUUAGAGCAAUUGGUCGUUGUGCAAUUAAAGUAGAACAAAGUGCUGAAAGAUGUGUAAAUACUCUUUUAGAAUUAAUCCAAACAAAAGUUAAUUAUGUAGUACAGGAAGCUGUUGUUGUUAUAAAAGAUAUUUUUCGAAAAUACCCAAAUCGUUAUGAAGGCAUAAUUUCAACGCUUUGUGAAAAUUUGGAUACACUUGAUGAACCUGAAGCUAGAGCUUCUAUGAUAUGGAUUGUUGGUGAAUAUGCUGAACGUAUUGAUAAUGCUGAUGAAUUAUUAGAAUCUUUUGUUGAUGGUUUUCAUGAUGAAAAUACCCAAGUUCAAUUACAAUUACUAACUGCUGUUGUUAAAUUAUUCCUGAAAAGACCAAAUGAUACACAACAAUUGGAUAGUGAUAAUCCAGAUUUACGUGAUCGUGGAUACAUUUAUUGGCGUUUAUUGAGUGCUGACCCUCAAGCAGCAAAGGAAGUUUGUCAUAUUGGUUCUCUUGCUUCUGUCUAUCAUCGACCUCCGUCGUCAUUUAUCGAUCCAAUUCGGCAUCCUGUAAAGACAGCGUCAUUACCUGGAAGCAAUCAACAAGAACAACAAAUUGUUUCGCCUGCUGAAAAUGUUCAAAAACAACCAACUGUAAUUCAACCACCACAAGAUUCAAUUAUUGCUGAUCUUCUUUCAUUAGAUUUAUCUGUUCCUUCUGCACCUGCAACACAACAACCUUCAACAUCCGCUUUGAUUAGUGACAUUUUCGGUUCGCCACAACCCGUUGCUCCUCCAACUGUGCAACCAGCAUUGGCUAGUAUUUUUGAUACGCCCCCGCCACCACCACCUCCUGCUGCGGCACCAACGUCUACAUCUAUUUUUGAUACUACUUCCCCAUCAAUAUUUGCACCUCCAGCUGCGCCAACAUCAUCUCCUUUAGAUCUUCUUGGUAGUGGAAUUGGAGGAACAAUUCCAACUCAACCGCCACAACCGUUAUCGUCUACUGAUAUUUUUGGUUUAAGUUUUGGUGGAAGUAGUGCUGGAGAUUUAACUUCUUUAAUGGGUGUUGGAACGACACAAUCAUCAAAUAUUUGGUUAGAUGCUUCAAAAAGUAAAGGACUUCAAUUGGAGGGACGAUGGUUACGCCGUAAUGGACAAAUUGUUGCUGAAAUGAAUUUAACAAAUCGAGCACUUCAACCAUUAGACGGAUUUGCUAUUCAAUUUAAUUCUAAUUCUUUUGGUCUUAUUCCUUCGUCACAAUUUAAUCCUGGAACUAUAUUUCCUAAUCAAACAAUUUCAACAACACUUAAUUGUUCAACUAAUGGACCUGUCCAAAAAAUGGAACCAUUAAGCAAUCUUCAAGUUGCAAUUAAAAAUAAUAUUGAUGUUUUUUAUUUUGCUGUUGUUCUUCCAUUAAAUGUUUAUUUUGACGAAAGUGGACAAAUGGACAAAAGAGAUUUUCUUCAAUUAUGGAAAGAUAUUCCUGAACAAAAUGAAAUUCAAUUUACAAUUCAAAACACAAAAGGACUUAGUGCUGAUGAUAUUUGCUCUGUUUUGCAACAAAAUAAUGUUUUUACUGUAGCUAGACGAACUGUUGAUGGACAAGAAUUAUUAUAUCAUUCAAUUAAAUAUACCAAUCAAGUAUUUAUUUUAUCGGAAUUGAAAAUGCAACGACAAAAUGCAACAUUGACUUUAUCUCUAAAAUCACGUCAUCUUAGUGCAAUUGCCAAUUUAAGUGAACAUUAUCAAUUAUUAUUGGACUCGGCUAUGCCUGCUAAACUUAUGUAG